AUAAAAAAUAGUCAAACAAAACGUUAACUGUUAAUUAUUUGUUAUUGAGUUGCACCUAGAUUUUGAGCCAUAUUAUGCACUGCAGUGACCCAGCAAGAUUCUUCCGUUCAACAUUCUCACACAACCAAAAUUGAUUAGGAAAAAGGCAACAAAAAAAGAAAGUGCUGGGAGAGAAAACGCAAAGGCCUUGGGAACGGAACGCAACCUAAUUAGAGAGCGCAGCACUUAAAGGAAAAGCAAAGCGAAAAUCGCAUAUUGCAAUGAAAUUCUGCAGUGAGCAAUGAGCUCCAGUCUUGAAAGCUCGAGCAAUCAUCAGGUCCAGCGGCGUCCCAGUCCCUGUCCCUGCCCCAUGGCCGACGAACGCAAGCAUAGUCCCAAAAUGGAUGUCAUCAAGCUUAAUCAGGAGCUGAUUGAGGAGUGCAAGCGCAGCCGUGAGGAUUCCAUAUUGCCGCGAUAUUUACGGCAUGAGCUUGAAAAGCAUACCCGUGAAUCACGCCUCGAGGUGGUUAACAAACAACGUAAUGGCUGUGCGCCACUUUUCAUAGCCUGCAAGCGUGGCGCUGUCGCCAUAGCCGAGUAUUUAAUAAACACUUGUGAGGCAGAUAUAGAGCAGCGUGGACACUUUGAGGUGCCAGAGGAUAAUAGCUUUCAUUAUGUAUCGCCGCUAUGGGCAGCAGUUGUCUCUGGCAAGCUAAACAUGGUCAAGUAUCUGGUGCGCAUUGGUUGCGACAUAAAUGCCACCUCCGAUUCGGGUUCAACACCAGUGCGCAGUGCUUGCUACAUGACUCAUACAGAAAUAGUAAAAUUUCUGGUGGAGAAUGGUGCGGAUAUAAAGAAACCAAAUGUUAAUGGUGGCACUUGUUUAAUUAACUCCGUACAGUCGGUGCAGCUUUGCUUGUAUCUGGUGAAGAAGGGCGCUGAUAUAAAUGCGCGCGACAUACAGGACAAGACAGCGCUGCAUUAUGCUAUACAGGAGCUGCGACUGGAUACGACCAAAAUGUUAAUCGAACAAGGUGCCGAUCCCUAUGCCAAGAGUCGUUACGGCGAUGAUGCAUUGCGCACCGCUUGUCUCAAGGGUGCACAUCAGAUAUUUGAUUAUUUGAAAAAGGAGCUGGAUUACUCGGUGGAACGCAUUGCGGAGGCGCAUGAGCUGAUGGGUUCAACAUUUCUGGACGAGCAUAAUGAGUCUCGCGUUUGCAUUCUGCACUGGCGCAUGGCACAUCAUAUACGCGCCGCCUAUACGCCGUACAUUGAGAAGAAACCCAAGGUGCCAUUGCGGAAUGCGUACGAGAAUGCAGUAGAAUUUGUGACACUCGAGGAGCUGGACAAUAUUGCCACCGAUAUGGAUGCCAUGCGCACGCAAAGUCUGAUGAUAUGCGAACGUGUGCUGGGCUUGACACACAAGGACAUGCUCUUCCGUUUAACGUAUCGUGGUGCCUCCUAUGCGGACUCGUUGCAGCUGCAACGCUGUAUUGACCUCUGGCGUUUUUUGCUUGAGGUGCGCGUUGCCAACUGGAGCAUAUUGCAUUUUGAGACCUGCUUUGCUGCACAGGCGCUGGUGCGCCUUAUGCUGGAUCUUCAUACGCGUAAUUCAAGUUUUAUGCGCAGUGAGCCAAUGCGUGGUCGUUAUAUGCACCAGGACAAUCUAUUGCCAAAGUUUGAGGAUGUGCUGGGCGUAUUUAAAACGCUUGCUCUCAGCGCUGUCGAAGUGGAGCCACUGCUGCGGGUGCGGCCUGUGUUUCGAAAGCAGCAGGAGAACUAUGAUCGUGCUAUGCGCUGUCUGGCGCAUCUAAUCUUUCUGCUCAUCAAUACCGUCCACACUGAAGCUGAACGUAAGAUUAUCUUUCAGACCGUGCAUGAUACAGUGGUAGUGGGUAAUUUGCGCAGCGCCAGCACAGCGGAUACGUUGUUGCAUUUGGGAGCCUCGCGCUUGAAUGUCAUCAAGAGCGGCUAUUUAACGGAGGAUAAUAUUUCCGAUAAGACUGUCUUUCCCAAUGCGGAUGUCAUCAAAUUGCUCAUUGAGUGCGGCAUUGAUGUCAAUACCAAAAAUGAAGCCAAAUCUACGCCGCUGCAUGUUGCCUGCCAACCCUACAAUUAUGAUAAUGAAAUUGUGCACUUGCUGCUUAAGUGUGGCGCGGAUAUUGAUCAACCGAAUCGUGCUGAGAAGCGGCCGUAUGAUUCGAUUGCCUCCAAUCCCACCAACACCAUACCGCUGGUCAACUAUAUCUCACUGCAGUGCUUGUGUGCGACGGUUCUUAGCAAGCAUAAGAUCCAUUACAAGGAUCAGCUGCAUAAACAACUGGAAGAAUUUGUGCAAAACCAUGAACCAUAAGUCUUUUGUUUACACAAAAAAAAAAAAAAAACAA